AUGUACUUCUCCCUGGAGGCUGUAAAAAGACUCCAGGAACUCACAAACAAAAUGCUGACGGCCAAGAACCCACACGCCAGGCCCAGUACUUCCCUGUGCUUGAACCCCCUGUUGCCCAUGGAGUUCAAGCAGUUGUGCAAACAGAAGGGAGGGUCUGCGUCUGUGGCCCGACUGGCGGAUGGGAGAGCAGAUGUGGUUCUGUCCUGUGUGCUGGUGGAUGUUGGGGGAGCUCAAGGCGGAGGGAUGGGCAGAGGGGGCUUCAGUCGGACUCCUGCGACUCUAGUUCUGAGGGAUGUGCCCACAAACUCUGACCAAGCACUGGACACUCUCAGUCCAUUUGUCCUGCCCUCAGCCCCCAACCCCGACUUCCUCAUCUUUGAAACUAGAGUGUCUCCUGACGUUCCGAACCUGGACGUCCUGCUCCAUGCGGACUGUGAGGGGCUGGAGGUGACCUGUGAGCUGAGCCGCUUCUCUCCAGCGGAGUCUCCACAGAGCUCAGAGCAGGCCUUCUUCAUGGUGCUGGUGAACGUGGAGGGCGAGAGCUUCAGCGCCUCUCUGAUUCUAAAGAGUCUCACAGCAGAACACUCAACCCUGAGGCAAAGCAUACUGGGGCUGCCCCUGACCUCUGCAGGAACUGUGAAUUCUGAAACUGUGAUGGUGGUCUUCUCCCAUGAGAGCUCAGUUUCUGGUUCUCUGAGGGAGGAGGUGCAGCUGCCAUGUGGCUUUAGGCAGCAGGAUUUGGGUCAGUCCGAUGUCCUCAUCUCCUGGAGGGUCCAGCACAGAGGCCAAGGACGCAGGGUGCUGGAAAUGAAGACCCGCCUACAGGACACCCAAGGGACUGCAGUCAUCCAGGCAGAGAGGGGAGGGGCGUCUGUCCGUGAGGAGCAGGUGUCCGAGGGAAACGCGUCUCUCACUCUGAGGGCUCUGACGGUGGAGGACGAGGGCACUUACAUCUGCAGCAUCACUAUCGGACCGCUUCACGCCCAGCAGGUCAUCCAGCUCAGCGUCAUCAAACUGCCUGAGGUCUCUCUCUCAGUCGACAGAUUAGUGUUGAAAUCUCAGACCACACUGGUUUGCUACAGCAGUAAAUUCUUCCCUCUGGAUGCUGAGAUACAGUGGUUUACCCGCGGCCCCGCAGACUCGGAGCCUGUGGAGUUUUCGGGAAAGACUUCUCUGUCUGGUCAUCGUCGUCAUGGUGAUGGGACAUACUCGAUCUCGUCUCAGCUGAACGUCCCGCCCACCAUCUCUGUGGGAACAGUGAUCAUAUGUCGUGUGUCCCACCCGGCUCUGGACGCGCCCCUCUCCAUCAGCGUUACCGUGGAGAGCCCAGAGAGCGCUUCGUACUGGGGGGUCCUGGGGUUCCUCCUCAUCACUGGGCUUUUCUUCUUUCAGGUCAUGAAGUAA